UUAAAAGUCAAUUUCCGAUUUUUUAUUUGAUAAAAAAUGAAAACCCCCAAAUUAAGGAGAGAAAAAACAAAAGCUGAAAACCUCGAAUGGCUGUGUUCUUCGUCUGUUUUCGUUCCUCUUCCCUCUGGACCCUGCAACAACUCUGUCUCUAAGCCGAUUCAUCAUUGUCGAUCCCUUUUCUAAGACACCGUUUCCGCAGGACAAACCGCGACACAGUUACUGUGCAUAUGACGUAAUUUGGAAUGGAAGUAUAAUGUACGGAGGCUCCGGAAAGCAUGGGCGAGGUGGGGGCGGAGGCCGUGGAAAGCGCAACAUCUCCUCUUCAUAUCACGCGCCGCCUGUUCAGAGAUCUUCUGCCGCAUCUGGAGGCCGUUUGUCAGUCGGAAGUGGAGCAGCUGGUCCCCGCGGCUGCAGCACAUCUUCUACCCCCAAUUCCUCUGCUGCUUCCAAUGAAGUAGAGGAAAGUUUCAGCCUUGCUACGGGAAAUGCUUUGAACUUCUCAAUGAUCAUUCGGCUGGCACCCGGCCUUGUGGAGGAGAUCAAGCGUGUGGAGGCUGAUGGGGGCUUGGCGCAGAUAAAAUUUGAUGCAAAUGCUAAUAAUUCUACUGGAAACGUUAUUAAGGUGGGCAAUAAGGACUUCAGAUUCACAUGGUCACGAGAUGGGGGAGACCUUUGUGACAUAUAUGAACAACGUCAAAGUGGUGAUGAAGGAAAUGGCCUGCUUGUAGAAUCAGGCAGUGCUUGGAGAAAGCUGAAUGUACAACGUGUUUUGGAUGAAUCAGCUAAGAAUCAUGUUAAGAUGCUAUCUGAGGAAGCUGAGCGCAAGUCUAAAUCACGCAAAGCCAUCGUUUUAGACCAUGGAAAUCCAUCUACAAAGAGUCAAAUGAAAGCAAUGGCUGCAGUCGAAGGUAACCAAUGGAGAGCAGGUUUCAAGCAACCUCCUUUCAAGAAAAGGAAAGCUGAACCACCUCCAUGUGGCCCUUCUAAACCUGCUUAUAAAUCAGUGGGUUUAUCCACAUUAACUCCUUCACAGGGAAGGCCUUCAACUUCACCAUUAUCUUCUCCAGUUCACGGAUUUGGGAGCAGACUCAAGCAAAGCCAAACAACUUUAGGAGAUGAUGUGCCAUCUCAACCAGUAAAUAAAUCUACUAGCUCUGUCAAUGAAAUUCCCCAAAGCUAUGCGAUUCAAAACAUGCUUGCGUGCAAAAGGAGCAUAGAUACCAAACCUUCUGAUCUUCGUAGCUUGUUGAUUAUUGCCCUCACAGAAAACCAAUCAAAUGGAUUGAGUCUUAAGGCCUUGGAGAAAGCUGCUGGAAAUGCUUUUCCUAACUCAGUAAGACAAAUUGAGCCAAUUCUUAAAAAGAUUGCAACUUUUCAAGCUCCAGGGAGAUAUUUUCUAAAACCAGGAGUGGAGAUGGAAAACAUCAAUACAUCUAUAGUGGAAAGUGGAAGUUCUCCUGAAGACCAUUUUUACACACCACCUGCUCUCAACAAACAUGAUGAGUUACCAGCUUCACAGCCUAACUUUUCCAUGAGAAACGCGACCAAUGAGCUGGAACAUCAAGCACAGUUGGAUUCUAAAACUGAAGAAACGCAUAAUCCCUUCGAAGAAGUUAAUAUACUUGAGGAAUCACCUGACUGUUCUGUUCAGGAAAAGGCAUCCGAUCACAGUUUAGGGGUAGCAGAAAGCUCUAGUGAUAGUGGAAGUGAUAAUGAUAGCGAAAGUGAUAGCAGUGACAGUGGAAGUCAAAGCAGAAGCCCUCGCGGCAGUAGAAGUAUGAGCAGGACUAGCAGUGACAGUGAAAGUGGUGCGUCUUCCAAAAGUAAAGAGGCAUCUGAUGUGGAAGUGGAUAUCAUGAGUGAUGAUGACGGAGGGGAAAAACAUCAAGGGCAAGCUCCUGAGCAUUGGUUGGCAAAAUCUCCCAUUCAAUCAGGAGGAACUCAAGAUAUUGAGCCUGGUCAGGUUGCUGGGACAGAUGCAAAGGAGGAAUAUGUUCCUGUUCUUGAUAAUGGUGAUAUUAACAAACUCUUUCAAGACCGUGGCAUUGAAGAGAGCAAUAUCACUGAUAAGGCACGUGUGAAGGAAGCGAAAGAAGCAGAAACGACUGAACUUUCAUCUGACCAGCAUGAGACUCUGGGAGGCCAAGUUCUAACAGCUAUAUUUUAUAGUGAAAAAGAGAAAAUGUCAAAAAAGGGUAUUAAGCAUGAGCUAUCUAAUAGCAUUUUCAGGACACCUAAAACAAAGUCUGAAAGACUUUCUGAUGUGAAACAGUUUGAUGAUAUACAUGACCACACGAAGAGGUUAAAAACUGGAAACAUAAAUCAACAGCAGAGUUCUGUUAGGAACCCUGUUUUUUCAGAGGGUGUUUCUCAACAUUCAUCUUCUGAUAGGCUCCUUGAAUCUUCAUCCCAGAGACAUGGUGAAUUCCCUGGACAGGGAAAAGCUGUGUUGGCAUCAGAAAGACCUGGUAAAUAUGGAAAUACAUUGAGCUGUAGUGCCAAGUGUUCUGAAAGUAGCUUUUUAGUGAACGGAGGUUUCCCCUCACAGAGAGAAAACCUUAGUAAAGGUCCACUUUAUGAAGAUGGGCUUCUUGAUGAACAAAAAACAAUGAAAAAUUCCAAGGAUAAUACAGUGGACUGGAACGAAACAGCUGUUGACUCUCUGUUCAUAAAACAUGAUAAUUUAGACCCAGGAUGUUCUCCAACGGAAAAGAACACGAGCAAUUUCGGAAGAUCAUCAAUAAAUGGGAAAAAUAAGAAACUUCAGAGGGAGCUCUCAGACUUGGAGUUAGGUGAAUUUCGUGACUUCACACCCGAGGAUGCACCUACAAUGAAAAAACAAACUGAGAGAAGAAGUUCCGUCAAAGGGGAAAACAACCCAAGCUCAGACCACUGGACUCUAGAGGCGUGUAAAGGAAAAGGGACAGUUAAAGUUUUUUCAGGCUCAAAAAAAACAUCUCCACCUCACACAAGCAUCACAGGUGGCACUCCGGAUGGACUAUCUAAAAGGAAGUCCCUGGGACCUUAUCCUGAAGAUUGUAGGAGACCUCAAUCAAAAUCUCAGCAACCUCAUUCUCAACAGAGCCAUCCCAGAGUUGAUCAGAAUGAAGUUGGACACCUUAAUAGAUUAUUAGAAGUGAGUGGUAGAAACAGACAGAGUGAAGUUGCAGGGACUCCAGAGGCUUAUGGAGAUAAUCACAAAAAAUUCCCUGCAAAUGCAGCACAAAUGCAUGAGGCAAAGUGGGGAGCUGGGCCUAUUUCCACAAAGGAAAGUAACACCCAGAACUCUAAUCUGGCUACGGACAUAAAUGGUAGGCGAAAGGAUGCUUCUUUGACCGGUAGUAAUGAGGAUCAGAAGCGGAAGGAAUCUCCGUCAAAUGAGAUCAGUUGUUCAUAUCUUAAGUAUGAAAAGCAAGGACCAGAGCUCAAGGGUCCAAUAAAGGAUUUCCCCCAGUACCAAGAGUAUGUGCAGGAGUAUCUAGAAAAGUAUGAGAGUUAUUGCUCACUAAACAAAAGCUUAGAGUCGGACAGGAUUAAGUUCAGUAAGCUUGGAAAAGACCUAGGGGCUUCUAAAGGAAGGGACAUGGAGAGAUAUUAUGAUAUUUUGAAACAAUUGAAAGAAUCUUAUCGUCAAUGUGGAGCAAGGCAUAAACGGCUGAAGAAAAUAUUUGUUGUGCUUCAUGAGGAACUGAAGCAUCUGAAACAAAUGAUUACAGAGUUUGCUGCUGCACAUGCCAAAAGUUGACAAGCACCAGGAUCUCUCUCCUCAGUUUUGCCUCUCUUUGGCUGCCUUGAGACCAUGUUACAAGGGACGUACCCUCUCUUCUUACUAGGUGGAAAUGUUAUAUCGAAUGAUCCAUUGAGAUUGUCGGACAUCUGAUGUCUUUGGGCCCGAGGAGAAGCCGAAUGAUUUCGUGCUCAAUUAAGAUGCGUUGAGCGCAGCAGUAUAUGUACAAGGAGAAGGGAAACGCCUGUAAUAGUAAAAGCAAAUAUCAAUUGGAUGUAAAUAUAGAUCAUAGGGAACACAUCUCCGUUUUAGCUCAUUCUUUUUCCGGUUUUCUGUAGAUUUCAGAGAGCAGCUCCAGCACAUAUUAUGUGUUUAUUAUUUUAAAAUUUUCUUGUAGCUCAAAAGGAUGACCCUAGAAAUUGUUUGUACAUCCUUUAUUAUGAAGUAGCAUUAAUUUUACGUACAUACUUUUUCGAUUUAUUGAAGCAUAAAGAGUUAAUGUUCCA